AUGGCGGCUGCGGCGGGCCGCGGGGCAGCCCGCCCGCCCGCCCCCCACGCGCCUCACCACCCGCCGCCCCGGCCCGCCCGCGCCGCCAUCUUCCGUGCGCGGGGGCGACAGCGCAAGGCCUGCUGGAGACGGGAGGCCCCCGCGCGCCCCCGCGGACCACAGCUCCCAGCGGGCACCGCGCGGGGCGGGCCGCAGAACAGGGCGAGACCGAGCGGAGGCCGGGAGCCCCGGGAGGUGCCCUCAGACAGACAGAGCGGAGGCCGGGAGCCCCGGGAGGUGCCCUCAGACAGACAGAGCGGAGGCCGGGAGCCCCGGGAGGUGCCCUCAGAGAGACGGAGCGGAGGCCGGGAUCCCCGGGAGAGACGUUGUGGAGGCCGGGAGCCCCGGGAGGUGCCCUCAGACAGACCGAGCGGAGGCCGGGAGCCCCGGGAGGUGCCCUCAGACAGACAGAGCGGAGGCCGGGAGCCCCGGGAGGUGCCCUCAGACAGACAGAGCGGAGGCCGGGAGCCCCGGGAGGUGCCCUCAGACAGACAGAGCGGAGGCCGGGAGCCCCGGGAGGUGCCCUCAGACAGACGGAGCGGAGGCCGGGAGCCCCGGGAGAGCGUCCCAGCGGAGGCCGGGAGCUCUUGGAGGUGCCCCCAUAGUGACCCAGCGGAGGCCGGGAGCCCUGGGAGGUUCCCCCAGAGUGACCCAGUGGAGGCCGGGAGCUCUGGGAGGUGCCCCCAGAGUGACCCAGUGGAGGCCGGGAGCUCUGGGAGGUGCCCCCAGAGUGACCCAGUGGAGGCCGGGAGCUCUGGGAGGUGCCCCCAGAGUGACCCAGCGUAG